AUGGCUGCAAAUCAACAAGAAGAGCAUGAAGUGCAAGAGGAUUUCAGAUACCAAAAAAGUCGAGACAGUGUUGGCGACGUUCGGACAGCCCUCCUCACCGUCGCCGUUCUGAUGGCAACGGCGACGUAUCAGGCGGUGCUUAGUCCCCCCGGCGGUCUUUGGCAAGAUGACCGUACUACCUAUCCCCCUCAUGUUGCGGGGGUAUCUAUUCUCGGUACCAAAAGCAGACCCUCAUUUAUUAUGUUCAUAUUUGGGAACACUAUAAGAUUUUAUUUCUCAAUGUGCACGAUUGAGCUCCUCACCCAUGGCUUCCCUCUCAAAAUUGAGCUGAACUUUGCCAUCUUCGCACUUGGGCUUUCUUAUCCCGUUUCUGUUUAUACUAUUACGCCCUCGAAUUAUCAAACCCCGGGUUUCAUCUUCUUAAUGGUUGCUAUUCCCUUUUUAUUAACUCCAGUAUCCUGGUUAUGGAGAGAUCCAAAGUUCCACCAAAAACUAGAAAUCUGA